GAGACUCGCAAUUUUUGCUAUACCAAAUUUAUUUCUUUACGGAAAAAAACCGCACGCGUAAAACGCCGAUUAAAAAAAUUUAUUAUUUAAAGCUGUUAAAAAGCAAAUUAAAUAACUAGAAAAUGGGUGUACAAAUUGUGCCAAUUGCUCCUGGUGAUGGUAGCACCUAUCCCAAGAAUGGACAAGUUGUUACUGUCCACUAUACCGGCACCUUGGAUGAUGGCACUAAAUUCGAUUCGUCUCGCGAUCGUAAUAAGCCCUUCAAAUUCACCAUCGGCAAGUCCGAAGUGAUUCGUGGUUGGGAUGAGGGCGUGGCCCAAUUGUCUGUAGGUCAACGUGCCAAGUUGAUUUGCUCCCCUGACUACGCUUAUGGUUCUCGUGGCCAUCCUGGUGUUAUCCCACCAAAUGCCACCUUAACUUUUGAUGUUGAAUUACUCAAGGUAGAGUAAGUAAAAGUAAGAGAAGUUUUUUUUGGAUACCAGCAUAUGGAACUUGAAGAUGCAUUUAAAAAUUUAAAC